GCGGCAGAGUGAAGACAGACACACGGCAGAAAAAGUGUGCGCGGCGCUCCUCUCCAGAGCGCCUUCAGAAAGGUUCAUGUCCCCCACCCCGCAUGGCGAAGUGGUGCGAUGUCCGAGGCGGCGGUGAAGGAGAGCCCGGAGCAGGAUGGCGAGGGCGGCUCCAGGAGGAGCAGCUGGGGGCUGCUGGUCACGGCUGGGCUCGGCGGCACCUUGGUGGCCCUCUAUGCCGUGGUCACCCCCUUUGUGACCCCGGCCCUGAGGAAGGUGUGCCUGCCCUUUGUUCCUGCAACUGCCGCUCAGAUCCAGAAUGUGCUGAAAAUGUUGGAAAAUAGAAGUGGCCCCCUAGUUGACAUUGGUAGCGGGGAUGGCCGCAUUGUGAUAGCAGCUGCAAAAAAGGGAUUCAAAGCUGUUGGUUAUGAAUUAAAUCCCUGGCUAGUUUGGUAUUCCAGAUACCGAGCCUGGAGAGAUGGAGUACAUCAGAAUACCAAAUUUUAUAUUUCAGACUUAUGGAAGGUUUCUUUUUCUCAUUAUAGAAAUAUUGUUGUUUUUGGCGUACCUCAGAUGAUGCCACAGUUGGAGAAGAAGCUGGAAGAAGAACUUGAAUGUAAUGCCAGAAUCAUUGCCUGUCGCUUUCCGUUCCCCUGCUGGAUUCCAGAUCAUACUACUGGAGAGGGAAUAGACACUGUGUGGGCCUAUGAUUUGAAACAUUACAGAAGAUGUGAAAAAAAAAGUUUGGAAAUUACACCAGAGACAGAAUCUUAAACAACUAAUUUGGUAAAUUUUUAGCUAUGAUUUUACCUGUUAAAGAUGACAAUAAUGUGGAUAGAGCCCCAGCAUAUGGAGAUAUGUGUAUUCACUUAAAGAACUGAAGUGCACUGGUUAUCUGAAAGCAAACAAAGGUUACUGAAAGAUGUAGUUAACUGGCUUAAUGUAGUGUCCUGCUUUAACUCCAUUUGGCAAUGAAGUACAACACGUGUUCACCCCAGUCCUCCCACUCCCCCCAUGUCUUGGGAAGGAAAAUUGGGAAAAAGGUUAUAUCUGUGGGUUGAGAUAAGAAUAGUUUAAUAAUUUAAAUAAAUUUAAUAAUAAUAAAAAUUGUAAUGAAAAGAGAGACAAAAAAAGAGAGGAGUAAAACCCAAGAAAGAUGAGUGAUGCACAAUACCAUUAUUCACCUCUUACUGACUGAUACCCAGCCCAUCCCAGAGCUGUAAUUAGCCCUCCUUGCCAACUCCCUCUGGUUUAUAUACUGGACAUGAUGACAUAGAAUAUCCCUUUGGCCAGUUUGGGUCGGCUGUUCUGGCCAUGCGCUCUCCUGGCUUCUUGAAUGCCGCCUUCUUGCCAGAGUAUGGGAGACUGAAAAGUCCUUGACUUGGGGCAGGCACUGCUCAUCAUCAACUGAAACACCUGUGUUACCAGCAUUAUUUUCAUCCUAAAUCCUAAACACAGCAUUCUACCAGCUACUAGGAAGAAAAUUAGGUCUAUCCCAGCCAAAACAUGACAUGUAGCUAAUAAAAAUUAUGAGAAAGUUUUAUAGAAGUAGAAAGCUUUAAUAUGGAAAAUGGGAUAAAAACCACGGAUCACUACUGUUGGGGGAAUCUCUGUGUAAAUUAAAAUGCUCAGAUUGAACUUAAUAUAUUUGUUCUUUCUGACUCUACGUAGCAUUUGUUGUUGGUGUUGGAAGUGGUGUACAAGUAGCUUCUCAAAUGAGCUGUUGUUCCCAAAUGUCUUCAUUAUGUAUGGCAAGUAGCCAUAAUGCUGCAUACACAAAACUGAUCCAGGUAGAAUACGAUGGUGAUACAGAUUGUUCACACCUCAACCUUGAAUGUGUACCUUUAAAAGUUAAGUAUGACAGAAGAAGCAAAUAUAAUAAGUUUAUUCAUUAACACAAGUGCAGCCCCUGAUUAUAUUACUGAAUUUUUAUUUCACUUGUUAUGUAAAAACAAACUGUAGAAGUGUGCUCUUACUGAACUUAUUGGUACAAGCCUUUGCAGAUGGCCCUCUGCUUUAGUAAGGGGUUUCAGAAGUUGUUUACUUGUCAGUGAAAUGUCAUCAUUUCUGUGUGCUCAAACUUUGGAUAAAGGUAUGGAUGAGAGUUGCUUA